AUGAAGUCGCAAAUCGGUUUCGCCGCGCUCCUGGCGCUCUCUAACCAGGCUCUGGCCCAGCAGACGGCGUAUGGCCAGUGUGGUGGUAACGGCUGGACUGGCCUUACGACCUGCGUCUCUGGCUACUUCUGCAAUGCGUACCACGAGUGGUACUCUCAGUGCAUUCCCGGCCAAGCCCCCCCGGGCACAACCACCACGGCCCCGGCUCCUCCUGGCACGACGACCAGCACCAGACCUGCCACCACAUCUGCGGGCACCACCUCUGCGGUCACCACGAGGGUUUCAACAACUACGUCUUCGGCGCCUCCCCCUGCGACGACCACGUCCGCCGGUAGCUGCUCCAGCUCCUUCACGUCCAUCUCGGCCGCCGAUUAUGUCGAUGCCAUCAGCCCCGGCUGGAACUUGGGCAACACGCUCGAUGCGAUCCCUAACGAGGGUUCCUGGAACAACCCACCCGUUGAUGACGGCACCUUUGACCAUGUCGUUGACGCCGGCUUCAAGAGUGUCCGCAUUCCGGUCACCUACACCGCCCACCUCACCAGUGGCGCGCCCAACUGGACUGUCGACACCGUGUGGCUGCAGCGCGUUUCGGAUGUCAUUGAUCAGGCUCUGGCUCGCAACCUCUAUGUCAUCACCAACGUGCACCACGACUCGUGGGAGUGGGCAGAUGUCCGCAGUGGCGACCUCGCUGUUAUUCAGCAGCGUUUCCGCGCCAUCUGGGUGCAAAUCGCUAAGAAACUCGCUUGCAAGAGCUCUCGUGUUUCGUUUGAAUCCAUCAACGAGCCCCCCGCCGACAACGCAGUCGAUGGCGCCAACGUCAACAAGUUCAACGAGCUUUUCGUUAGUGCCGUCAACGAGGCUGGCGGUCACAACGCCAAGCGUGUGCUCCAACUGGCCGGCGGUGUCAGCGAUCCUAUCAAGACGACUCAGUGGUUCAAGGCCCCCGCUAACAUUCAGAACCCUUGGGCCCUUCAGUUCCACUACUACUCGCCCUACGACUUCAUCUUCGGUGCCUGGGGCAAGACCAUCUGGGGCUCUGCCGCUGACCGCGCUGCUCUGACCGCCGACUUCCAGGCUGUUCGCGGCAACUUCUCCAACGUGCCCCUCGUCCUCGGCGAGUUCGAUGCCAGCCCCCUCAACACGGAGCCUGCCGCACGCUGGAAGUGGACUGAUCAUCUCGCCCGCAUUGCUACCGAUCUCGGCGUUGCUCUCGUCAUCUGGGACAAUGGUCUGGAUCAUCUCGACCGGAACACUGGCGUGUGGCGCGAUCCCGUGUCCAUCGCUCUCAUUGAGGCUGCCGUUGCUGGCGAGCGCAGCUCCCUUCCCGACAGCACGGAAGAUGCCGGCGCGUCGACUCAGUCGUCGUCUGCCUACCUCUGGAACAAGGUCGGCAAUGCUGUUGCUGAUCAAGUGCUUCCCUGGCUCUUCAACGGCAACACCCUGACUGGUAUCACAACCCAGACUGGUGACGCCUUGUCAGCGGGUUCUGAUUACACCGUGUCCUCCAAUGCCAUCACCUUCAAGGCCGGCUUCCUUUCUGACUACCUCGGCCCCAGUGUGACUCCUGGCAGCAAGGCCAACCUUACUUUGACCUUCUCGGCCGGUGCCCAUUCUAACAUUGAGGUUGUCCAGUGGGACACACCUGUUCUCGUCACCGAGCCCGAUGCCACUCCCGGCCAGGACCUCCAGAUCCCCAUCCAGUGGAAGGGCGUACCCGUGCUUGCCGCUGUGCGUGCUGAGGCUGCCGACGGCACCAUCCUGUUCGAUGACUGGACGCAGUGGCUCGGGCCUCUGCAACGUGGACGCCUGACGUUCAACAGCCACUACUUCUGGGAGGGCAGCAAUGUCAUUCUGCGCGCGUCGGCCAUCGCCGCCGUGCUCGAGCUGAACAAGGCCGUCAAGUUCACCUUUGAGUUCUACCCCCGUGUAGCGGGCAACUCGGUCACCUACACGCUCGACCCGACGGACGAGUGUUAA